AUGGAGAGGCCAACGCGAAAAGCCCUAGCAGUCAUGACAUGGACCAAGCCCCGUGAAGGUUUUGUGAAGCUAAAUUGGGACGCUGCCAUCGACGUCACGAGGCAGGAAAUGGAAAAUGGAAUUAUUGCGCAUGACCACACCGGCACUGUCUUGGCAGCAUUAUGUGCAUCGCGACCGCUUGUUACUGACCCAGCUAUUGCCGAAGUCAUAGCUGCUUGGAAAACUACGAAAGUCUGUAAGCACAUGGGGUUCUCAAAAGUUAUCAUUGAAGGAGACUCGCUUGAAGUGGUUACAGCUUUGCAGGGUGAUGAUUGUCGUUGGAACAGAUUCGGUUCACUGGUAAAUGAUACAAAGUCUUACUUUAAUAGCCUCCAGGAAUGGCACGUGAGACAUACAGAGCGUCUGGCAAAUAAUGCAGCCCAUUUGCUUGCUAAACAGGGGCUAACAGUUACUGAAGACCAUCUAUGGCGGGAAGAUUUCCCUCUUUGUAUUCAGCAAACUGUACUCUCGGAUAAAGGGCCUUUUUAA